CAUUCGCAAGCAGCCCAAAAAGAAAAUAUUCAGCCCAAAAAGAAAAUAGAUUCCUUUUUUAUUUUCUCUGUUCAUUAACCGGCAGCCGCCAGUUCGUCCUUCCUCUGUGAAUCAAGAAGACCGAGGAACUUCUUUUCCUCGGAGAAGUAGCCGCAGCAAGAACGAAACCAAGGGGUUUCUAAACUUCACUUUUCCUCAAUUUCUUCCACUCUAGUUUAGAUUCCAGCGAGUGUUUGCCUGAUUUCUGAUUUCGCGAGCCGCCAGGCCGCCACUGCCCCACCACGAUCCGCCGGCCGCCUCCCUCAGGCUCCCUGAGUCUUGUCACUCGCCACCGGAGCUAGAGAUCCCUGCAAGUUGAUGCUCUCUCCGUGAAAUCGAAGCUCAACUUUGAAGGUUUUAGAUGAGAUGAACCGCAGAGUGGAAUUAUGGACUGGAGGCCAAGAAUAAGAACCAGAACCGGAUUGAAAAAACGCAAGUAGUUGUUACCGUAGUGGUCAUAUUCAGGGCCGGCCCUGGGCCUGUCUGCCCAGCCCAAUCGCACAGGUCCCGGUAUUUUGGAGGGUCCAAAAAAAUUUUUUAGUAAUACCCCAGCCCAAAACUUUUGUUUUUAGCCCAAAUCAUUUCCCCAGCCUCAAAAUCGGCCCUGAUCCCGUCUUCCCCUGCUCUCUUCCGACUCUUCCCGACUUCCCGUCUUCCUGUCUUCGCGUCUUCACGACAAAGGCCAAAGGGACACCGCCGGUCCGCCACGGCGCCGCGCCACUCGGCCCACUCCGCCAGACCGCCGUCCACAACCGCACGCCGCUGCCAAAGGGACACCGCUCGGCUGCUCUCCAGUCUCCACGAGGACCACGACUUGACUUCAACAGUUCAACCGACGACUCCGAGUCUCCCACGACACUCUGACUUCAGCCGACCGCCUCCGCCGCCCUCCGGCCUCCCUCAGACGCCGUCCUUCCGGCUGCAUGGUUUUCAUUUCAACUUCUUCUUGACAUUCUUCCUUGACAAAAAAAUGGUGUUGCAUAAGGGAUUAGAUAACAACAAUGGAUUUAUUGGUUAUGAAGCUCCCCCAAUACCGUGAUCCACCAAAUCAACCAGGGAGAGUGAUUAGGAGAGUCAAUCUCAUGUAUCAACUCCUUGGAUGAGGAUGAAGAAAUUUAGCAGAGAGCUAUUCCCAUUUUGCAAGGUUUAUGUCUGUGGUUUUCUAGUAAAGCCCUCGCCUUUUCAAAUCGGAGGAUCUAAUAAACAUGCAUCAGGUAAUCAACGACAUAAGAGCAGUCUAGUAGAAAUCUCAGAGACUACUCCUGCCACACUGUAUAAGAAAUCAUUUUGUGAAUGGCUAGCUGGAAUUAUUGAUGGCAGUGGAAGUCUUCAAGUGCAUAAGAAAGGAAAAACUUCUCUUGAAAUUACUAUGGGACUUGAAGAUGUAGCACUACUACGAUAUGUCCAACACAUGCUUGGUGGAAGUAUUAAAAUGCGGUCCGGUGCCAAAUCUUAUCGCUAUAGAUUAAUUCAUCACCUUGGUAUGGUUAAACUAAUGAAUUGUAUCAAUGGCCAUAUUCGUAAAUCUGCACGACUAACACAGCUGCAUCGUGUCUGUCAAGAGCAUGAGAUUCCUGUAAUUGUGCCCAUCACAUUAGAUGCUCAAUCAAAUUGGUUUGGAGGAUUCUUUGAUACUAAUGGUAGCAUUGAAAUCAUUAUGAAGAAUGAGUUGCCCCAGCUCAGUAUCCGAGUAACCAGUAAACUGCUACAAGAUGUGGAGCCUUACAAGGCCAUGUUUGGUGGAGAUGUGUACUUUGAUAGUGGUCGAAAUGGUUUCUAUGAAUGGUCUGUGCAGAGUCCUGAAGAUGUUUUAUCAUUUUUUGGUUACUUUAAAACAAGUACUUUGAGAAGUCAGAAAUCAAGACGAUUCUUUCUAACAGAUGAAUAUUAUCAUCUCUAUGGUCUCAAAGCAUUUGAACCUUCCAGUAUGAACCAUAAGGCAUGGUUAGCUUUCCUAAAGAAAUGGAACAUCUUGGUAGACUAGCUCAUCUUUGUUUCUAUUAAUCAUUUAUUCUAUUGCUCUGGAGCCAUUUUUCUGGCAGCGAGGUAGAGUUACUGGGAAAAUAGAUUGGAGAAUGUGAUUACUAAUAUAAGCUUCUCUAAUAAUCAAUCUGCUCUUUCUUUAAAGUGGCUUUGGUGAGUAUAAAGGCUCAGAUUGACAUUGUGACUGUGCAGUGUUCCAGGUUUUGAUAAUGAGAUUGUUCUUUACACUGAAGAGUUUAUUGGACUUUUGAGGAAUGAUUCUGUAUAUGAUUUCUGUGAUGCUAUUUCACGGAUACAUGCAAGCAGUGUCAAGUACAUAUGCAGGUUAUAAUCUGGGAAUAUGUGACAUCUGAAUUGAGAGCAUUAAACCUUACUGUGUUUUUGUUGGCAAUAUCCUGAAGUCUGCUCUCAAUUGAUCUACUCCUCAAGCAUCAGGAAUGUCCUGUUUGCUUGAAAACGGUAAUAUUGUCUUCGCUUUAGCCUGUUUUAAAAUGUUAUACAUAAUCAAGCUCUUUAUUUUUUAUGUUUAAAAGUGGUCAGUACUGAAACAAAUAAUUGUGUCAAGGAACCUUAUGUAGUUAUGAUGAUUUACCCAAGUCCUUUUAUUGGAGUAAUUAUUUGAUCUUUUUAGCUUCAUCUUUUUCUCUUCAUCCUAAAUAGCUUCCAUAAGAUGGCAACGUAAUAAAUUGUGCGGUUAUACACCUUGGUUGAUUUUCCUAGGGAGCUUGUGGUGUUUGAUUUGCAGUAUUAGGCGCGCAUUAUAAGAGGGCAGGCCAAACACUAUUUCUGCAAUUGAAGGCUGUUUUGCUUAUCUGCUGUGUAUGAUAACUGUAAGUUUUGGGAACUUUGGGUCAAAAACAUUGGAAUAUGCCUGAAAGAGUUGCUUUUGUUAUCGUUCUUGGGUUGAGGGAUAUGUCUGGGUCGUACAUUUAUCAGCUCAUAUCUUAUGUGUUGGGCAGAGUUCCACAUUGUCGGGGCAAUGUCCCUAUAUAUAAAUAAAUAAAUGUGUGCAUAUAUAUAUUAAAAUUAAUUUGGACAUUUCGUACUUAAUAUUAGUUGGUUCCAUCUUAAUAAGUAAUUACGAGUUCCCUAAUUUAGUUGAAGCAAUAAAAGUAAAAAACACGAAGCGAUCAUACUAUUUCCUUGUAGGCGAUAACAUGAAAUUAUUAAACACCGCAUAAUUUUUGAACUUUUUUUUACAUCAUACUCCGUAUAAUUUCAAAAGUUUCAUGUCAUGUAUGAAAUUAAUUAGUAAUCGAAAUUUGAAAAUAAGAAUGAAAAAAGCACUGAAUCUAAAAUGCAUUCAUUUGGAAAAUCAAAGUCUUGAAAUGGAUAUCCAAACGAUAGAACCUAGUAAAAAGUCUUUCAAUAAUGUGAUAAAGUAAGAUUCAAGUUCAAAAGUAG